ACUGUGGAUUGUUUAUAUUUUUUUCAUUUUGUCAAAUUGAAAUAUUCAAUCUUUUGAAUAUAAAAUAGUUUGAUAAAAUACAGAACAAUUCUUGCAUUCUUAAAUCUGUGAUGAAAUGAAUUUAGCACAUUUACCAUAUUUUGCAAUCAUAUCGGGUCUCUUUGGAACAGCAGCAAGUGUAUUUGGUAAAUUGAUACAAAUCAAAGAUAUUCAAUUUGAUUCAAACCAAACGGACUUGUUUUGGAGAUGCUCGUUUAAAGCAGUCUAUAUUUCGCUUAUGGUUCUUUGUAAUAUGUUUGUGUGGACAUUUUUUGUGAAAUCACUUCAUCAACCUGGUGGAUCGAUUGUUGCAACUGUGACUAGUACAGCAACUAGCUAUUGUUUCUCGAUUUGACAUUUUUAGGCGAUAAUUGGAAGCUGGAUUUUUCACGAGACAAUAUCAUCUGUCUGGUGGCUGGGUUUUAUUUUCGUUAUUACUGGUUUAUUGUUUGUAUCGUUGGAUAUUAAUGAUUGAUUCAUCAAUUCAUCAAUUGAAUAUGUUUUAUUUUAUAAAUUUACUUCAAAAUAAAUGUCUUUUUUACAUGGAAAA